AUUAUUGUUGUUUUUGUUGUUUUCGUUGGCUUAUGUGUGAAUGUUUAACCAAAUACCAUAAAUAUCUAGUGUAUUUGGUUUAACCGUUUUAAUUUGUGUUUUGGAGUAGCAAUUCACUGACGUUUUUCUUGGUUUCUUAAAGGUUUGCAUCGGUUGCACAUCUGAAAGCUUGCCAACAGAAUGGCGGGUGCCACACGAUCCAUCACGCUGUCAUCAAAUAUAAGGUUGCAGACGACAAGAGAGUACAUGCCCGAGGACCCCGACGACCCGCUGAAGCAGUGCCCGCUGGAGCCCGCCCACUGGAUCCUCUCAUCCCGCCUGGCCCUGCACCUGGUCAAGUGCCGCGAGGCGCAGACCAAGAAGAUCCCUCUGACCCAGUGCAAGUUCGACUCGACCCACUGGGUGCUGAAGAAGGACCUGGUGUUCCACAUGGCGGAGGAGUGCGACAAGCGCGAGCUGUUCGAGCGCUACGCGGUGCACGCCGACGACCCCCUCGGGCCGGCACCCGGCCCGCCCCCGGAGCUGCCCCAGUUCGAGGAGGACUGGGACGAUGGCCCCGCCGUCUGCUACGACCCCACCCUCAAGGCGGAGAACGAGGCCGUGCUGCGCAUCCACUCUGUUGCCUCCAAGAAGGAGAGGAAGAGGUUCCGCAACGACGAGCGCCGUCGCCUGCAGGAGCUGGAGCGCGAGGGGAAGCCGCUGUCCGGCACGCAGGCCGUCAACCCCCCGGCCCGACUGCGGUCACCCCACCAGGCCCCCCGGAAGCAGCUGCCCCACGCCGUGCCCCCAGCCGACGUCACUCAGUCGCUGGCGCAGCUGAGCCUGGACAGGGCACCCCCGAAGAAGGACAACGCCUGGGUGAGCGUCUCCAAGGGGCGGCGCAAGGGCGGCAAGAAGCAGUAACGUCUCCACGAGGGACCGAGGGUCUCUCCACAUGGAUCUUUGUGGUCAAGUUGUCAGAUCGUCGACACUUGUGAAAAGUGGACAGUGUUGAGCAUAAGACCUAUUUUACUUGUAAGGAUUUGUAUUUUAAACGCAUGUUUGUUGUAGGCUUCGCUUAAGCAGGUUUAUCUACUGCAGUUUAGAGACAACAUACAGCCAGAUCAUUUUGGCUUGAGAUAGAAAGUCAGAACAUGUAGAAAAAAUAUUUUUAUCUCUAAAUUCAAAAAUAUAAAGUUUUUUUUAUUUUUAAUUUCUUUUUAUUGACUUUUGCCAUGUGGAGUUCUUGUGCACUGAUGAAUGGUUGAUGAACUAUUAUUUUUACAUUAAGGUAUCGAUUUUGCAUCUCUCUCGUUUCAUUUUUGUUUCUAUUUAAUUUUGCAGUUUUUCUUCCCUUUCACUCCCAAACCCACCUUCACCAACUGUUUACUUUGAUUUUUGUUUUUGGAAUAACAAGAAAAUUGCAUUUUCUUCGUAUCCCUUGCUUUUGUUGUGUUUUUCUGGCCCUGGGAUGAUUUUCCUUGGCUCUGAAUGAGAGAUGUUUCUUUUGUUUUGCAUGUUGCUAAAAAUAAACUACAGAUUCCACAUUGUGCCUGUAACCAAAUGGUGGAAUUGUUUAUUGUGUUUUUAUCACUGGAUGAGUACACUGAAACUGUUGAUUGGCUUUUAUUCAGUUCAUUAGAACAUCAGCAUGACAAUGAAUAUGUAGUCAUCAAGAGAAAUAUGUUUCAUAAUAAACAUAAUCAUUUCUUGUUAAACAGCUCUCACUGAACACAAUUCACAUAGUCUGAAAAAUAACUGUAUACUGUAAUUUCAUUAAAAAUUUAUCUACUUAUUUAUCCAUCAAAAUAUUAAUUUCCUUGCAUCUAAUCCAAGAUACUUUUAUUUACUUCUACACAUUAUGUGGUACACUUUUAAAAAUGAUGCUGACUUCAUACAGGCUGAUAGCUCUGGCAAUUAAAUGAAAAAAUGACACCAGUUUAUGCAUGCCUGCAUCUAAAAUGAAAAAAAAUAUCACUUACAGUAUGAAGUACGUGCGUUUUCCUUACAUAUAGCUGUAUCUUUUUUUUAUUUUUAUCAUGCAACAAAUUAGAGCUAAAGAAAAGUUGCCAUGAUGUAUGUUAAAUGUCAUACAGUUACAAUUAUAUGCUGCAGCCAUGUUUUAUUAGUUUUUUUCUUUCUUCUUCUAGUCAGGCUUACAUAAUGUGUGUGCAUGAGCAGUAAAAUUUCCAAUACUUAAUAAGUUGUGAAAAAAAUUGUGGAUCCAAAAUCCAUUUGUUUUGCAGUAGAAUAUUAAUUGAGUUAAUGUGGACCGCAAAAACCUUGGGUAAGCAAAAUCUCAGAUAAUACGAACAGAAUAAGAAAACUGUCUUGGUUUUCAGUUGGCUCAGAGGUAACAUUUUUGGAGUAAUGUUUUUCCCACUUUUUUCAGGGUAUAUUAUUUUACGUUACUCAAAUAUUUGCCCAAUCAGUAAAUGGCAAAUUUGAGGUUCAUUUUCUUCAGUUUUUCUUCAACAGUUGGAUCAUUUUCUAGGUCCUCCAGCAAAUGUUCCAAAAGUUUUUGCUGGUAAUGGCGCUUCAAGUUGGUUCGGGUAAUACGGAACCUCGGUUAAUCUAAGCUUGGUUAACUGAGAUGCUGCUGUAUUUAUUAAUUAGUAUACUAGUCUUUCGAGAGUAAAAUUUCCAUUUUAAAUUGUAAAAAAUGUAAAUACCAAUCAUUCUAAUUCAGUACAUGUAUAAUAAUGGAUUUGACUCUGCUCUACUCGCAUUGUUACAAUAUUUGGUUGUGGCCAAGACUGGGUUUUUGAAAAAUUAUUUUAUAAAUAAGAUUAUAGAAGAAAUUUUGUGUCUCUUGCUCAAAGGUAGAAACCCAUAAAAUUAACUUCGAGUGAGUAACUACGGUGUAAUUAUUCAGGCAAAAUUUUUAGCUAAUAAUAUUUCCCUGACUUUUUACAAAUAGUGGACAAGCAAAAUAAUGAAAGUAUGUAACUAUUUUUACCUUCACAAAAAAAAUUGUAGGUAAAAUAACUCUCUAACAUAUGUUUCAUAAUGUUCUAAUGGUUGACUAGCAUAAUUUCAGUGAAAUACUAACAUCCAUUGGAAUGAGAAAUUAUUAAUGCCAAAAGUGAUAAGGGCAUGGAUGGGGGUGCACAUGCCUUCCUCCCCAAUUAAUGAUGGGGCAUUCCCCCCCUAAAACCAACAAUUGUUCAUCUUACUCCCCCCCUCUCCCGUACACACCUUUUUCUCCUCAUAUUACUACUUACGUAGGACUUUGAAUUUGAUAGUGUCAAACCAAGUGUUUUAGUGCAAAUCUACCACUAUUAUGUUAAUAAGAAAUAUUUCAUUUUAACAGUUAAUUUUGUGUUUGUUUAUUUUUUCUUGCCCCCCCACUUCCCCAAUAAAAAUUUUCAAAUUUUGGAAAUUCCACCCUAUAAUUUUUUUACAACUGUGGGUGGCCCUGUAAAUGUUAAGUAAAAUGAAGAUUUAUUUUAAACAUUUAUGUCUGUUUUUAUUUGACAGCUAUGCAUCAAGUAGGUUGUAGCACAGUAUUCCAUAACCAAUUCCUCUAUUUCUUACAUUCCAUUAAUAACUGUGCUAAGUAAAAAUCAAUUAUAGAUUCUGAACCAAUUAUUCAAUAGAAAUUUACAUUGUUUAAAAGGUGUUCAUGUUAAUGUAGUUGAAAUAUAUUUGUUACUUACAAAAAUCUAUAACGUGGUUCUAUUUGAUGUACCGUAUUUAAUCGCAUAAUGUCCGCCAUCGCAUAAAGUCCGCACCAGACAAAGCAACCUUGGCCACCCCUGAGAGGCACAAUAAUGGGAUGGAAAAUUACUGACGCUGUCAACAAUGCUUUGACCUUGAGUUGUUCAUUUCUCCGGAGCGGUCGCUGAGAGGGUUUUGUAGCGUGGUGAAACCGUCCGGACUCAGAAACUCGCACUCCACUGCGCAGCUGCCUGCGAUGUCGCGCUAGUUGCAAGGGGAUGGGCUAUAUGUAGCACAAGCCAGUAGACGUCAACUCACACUACGUCACAAAGUAGGGGAGGUAGCGGAGAAAUGGUGGGGAUACAUGCGCACAGUUUUUUUAUACAGACAGUGGCAAGGGACAGGGAGGGAGGCUCGCCGGCGCCGGCUAAUGCAGACAUUAAACAUCUGCCCCGUGCAGUCAGUGGCCAUCUCAAUGAAAGAUCUUUUCACGCAAAGUGUUUAUUUUGUGUAAGCUGGCUGCGGCUUCUGAACGUAAGAGCGCACACGCGAGUGAGAGAAGAAAAAAAAUGAGUGCCGUCUUCCACUAAUCGCCGGCACCCAAUUAUCUCGACACCUGUCACAUUUCUCACGUCCCCAGUGGAGGGUCGUCAGUCACCAGCGCUCUGCUAGUAAACUAAUUAUGAGAGAACAAUUUUUUACUCUACACAAAACGUAAAAUUUUGAGGGAAAAAAUUUUUUUGCUGACUUCACCUCAUAAUGUCCGCACCCCAUUUUUUUUGGUCAAAAAUGUAGCCAAAUUACUGCGGACAUUAUGCGAGUAAAUACGGUAUCUUAAUUUUAAAAUUAAGGUGUUAGUUUUAUGUAAGCAACUAUAUGAUACUUAAGGUUAAAUAUAUAAAUCAAAUUUUGACCUGUACCUAUGUAUAUCAUGGCUUUUGUAGUAUCGUACAGAAAAAUAUUCUGAACCUUUUUUUUUAUUUAAUAUAAACCACUGUGUCUUUAUCAGUUGCAAAAUAACAUUUAUGCUCAGUACAAGAUAUUGUGUAAAAAAGCUUUUAACAUGUUCUAAGAGUUUAAAAACUGUAAAAGUGAAAUUCAGUUUUAACAUGAAAGUUUGUGAAAUAUUUAGUUUUAAAGAAAGUUAAAAAUCACAUUUACAAUAAAAAAAUUUGCAGUAACAAGUAAUAUUUUAUUCUAUCACUCAUAACAUUACCAUAGUAUUUUUACUGAUAUGAAAGGAAUGAACAAACACUAAACAUGUAGUACAAAAUGGAAAAUUAUUUAAGUAACUUUGGAAGUAUGUCUGUAGUGUUCCAGCAGCUAUUGUUAGAGCUUUUUUUUUACCAAAUAAGUUUGAAAUAAACUAUAUUUUUAUACUGGU